GUUUCCUCUCCUCCUCUUUACCUCCGUUCAUCAUCUCUCUCAGAUGACAGCCUGUGACUGUUCACUCACUGGAACAGCAGGAUGAGUGUGUACCUGUGUAUGUGUGGCAAACUCUACUAGCGCUCAUGCAGCAACAUUAGGCAAACUGACUCAAGAAAUAAAGACAAACAGAAAGAGUCUCUUUCAGAGCUUGCAGAAUAGAUAUUAUGACAACCUGGCAGAGAGCAAUGAGUGUGUGUUGACGGAUAAAGCCUCCCCACUCUCUCUCCUCCUACUGUGUCUUCAUGAGGACUGAGAGAUGACCAUGCACGGCCACUGGUCCUUCAACACCCUGACCAUCAUUUUCAUCCUGCUUUCCACUGCAGCUCUCUCUGCACACUUCCGGGUGUGUGAGCCGUACUCUGACCACAAGGGGCGCUAUCACUUCGGUUUCCACUGCCCUCGACUCUCAGACAACAAGACCUACAUAUUUUGCUGUCACCAUAACAAUACGGCCUUCAAGUACUGUUGCAACGAAACAGAGUUUCAGAUUGUGAUGCAGCUCAACCUCACAACCAAUUCAGACAGCUUUGCCCACAAUAACUACACUGCCCUCAUUGGUGUGUGGGUUUACGGAUUUUUCGUAAUGGUCCUUCUUGCUUUGGACUUCCUGUACUACUCAGCCAUGAACUACGAACUGUGCCGGGUCUAUCUGGAGAAAUGGGGGCUGGGAGGACGAUGGCUCAAACAGGCCAGGAGUCAGUGGCACAGUGCAGCUCAGGAAGGUGAACAGAACAUGGGAUCAGGCCUAAGUCCCCGCCAACAUCCGAGGCACAGCUUGAGAGGGGAGUCACAAAGCCCGGCACUCCUGACCUUCCAGACCUCUACAGCCUGAUAUUCAGCUUUGAUCACAUGGAUAUUCUUAGUGUGACAGAGGAAGCUGGGGAGGAACAGCCAGAAGAAAUGGAGAUUUCGUAUGGAUAGUUUUUUCCUGGCCCCAUCUGUAUUUGUGACACGAACUGUGGUUGCUACCUCCUGCAGCUGUGCUGGAUGGCAUUUUCUACACAUGCUGAUGCUGAGACUGUGCAUCCACCAUUGACAGCUGGAAACAAGCUCCUCUGACCAAUCAGAGGAGGCGUAUUCUACUAGCUGAAUUUACUAUUCAUCAACUAUCAAAGGAUUUUAACUGACUGUUGUCUUCUACGCCCACUACCUUGCCUUGUCAUUUUGGAAGUUAGGAUUUAGAAGCAGCGAAUAUGACUUUACCAAAAGAGACAGAAAAGAAGUGUAUGCACAUGUGUCUUGUUUGCACUGCUGUGAAGCCAUUGGUUGGUUUCUCUUGAAGUAGUGAAAAAGGAUUAUUUAUUGUGGUCACCACAGUUAACACCAUGAUUUCAAUCACAUUACAUGGGAGAGCUCAUCAAAGAAAAGGCAAAUUACUAGUCUGGCAUAAGUGAAAGUUAACCCAAUGAGAUUACAUGAUUACAUUUUAAACCGCAAUUCCUUUGAAUCACAUAAGAUGAUGUAAAGUUGAUUUGCUUUGAUUAGAAUUUGCACUUGAAACUACUGAAAUAUAAGUGUGUGUAUGGGGGGGGGGGGUGAUUACAAAUGCAAUAGAUAAUAUAGGAACAUUUUUAGGACAAAUUUGGUCAAAAUAUGUAAGGUCCCGCUUUGUGCCUGACAAGCUGAUCAGCCUUACAGACUCAAAAAGCGUAUAGUGUUAAGACCCGGGUCUACUUCGGUCGACCACGUUCCAUAUCGGAUCGCACACAGUCGACCGUGUUGCUAUCCAGUCGACUGUGUGCAGACAGACACGUUCGAAGCAUGUGUACUACAACUGCUUCAUGAUACUCUUUUGUAAGUCGCUUUGGAUAAAAGCGUCUGCCAAAUGAAUAAAUGUAAAUGUACUCUUUAAGUAGGGUCAAUGGCCCGCGCAUGCACCAACGAUGCGCACAGAUGAUGACUGCGUCUGCGGCUCAAGAACAUCUGGGCAACGAGCGGUCAGAACGUGCAGACUGACUUAUGACUAAAUUUACGUCACACAUACUGUGCGUGGAGCCAUCAACAACGCGGACAACCGAAGUAUACUAGGACCUUUAGGGGAAGAUUUAUGGCCUUUUUAACCUGUCAUGCACAAAACUGGCCACCUUUCACCAAUUUAUAUAAAUGUGCAACCUAAAGAACCAAAAAAUAAAACACUUGAUGAAGUGGCUUCACUUUAUGGAGUGUGGAUCCUAAGACUCAUGCCUCACUUCUUUGUAGAAAUACAGUAAAAUAAGGUAACAUUGGUAACAGUAGCCACUGUUAGAUCGUGAGUAUUCACCUGCAAUAAUGCAGCAUUGUGCUGAGUUGUGUUGUGUAUAGAAGAGACAUUGUCGUGAUCAUGUUUAAUUAUUUAAGGUGAAUCUAAUAGUUUUCCCCUCGUGGAGGGAAGAGAGAUGCAUAUAAGUUAUACCAGAUAUAAAUUGCCUUACAGUAAAUCUGUAGUACAUGCCUAGCACCUUGUUCUGUGAUAGUGGUUGGUACUUCAGUUGAAGUGUAAUUUGGCAGUCCACCUGUUAAACUUCUCUCUGAAUUUAUUAUGGUUUUUAAAGGUGUGCAGCUGAGUUGUAAUUGAAUUUGUUAACUUUGUACUGUUACAAUCUGGGAGAAAUAAAGAUUUAUC